CCUGGGUCUCUGGACGGCUCUGAAGUUGGGACCAUGUGUUUCCAGAGGCUCCAGCGUGAUCCAAGCCCUACCCUUUCCUCUUGCCACAGUUAUGUAGGGGAGGGGGGAGACGUGGGACCCCCUCUUCUUCCCGCCCCCUUUCCAGCUCCAGGGACUAAAAAGGGAAGCAAGUGGGAACUUGUUGGACAACCCUCUCCACCCCCCAACUCAAAAGCCUGGCAGAUCAGCAAGUGGUGAGAUCCAAUCCAAGCUGGGCUCCUUAAAUCCUGGCAUCUAGUAAAGAUGUUUCCUGAACCUUGACUGUUCCAAGUAUCUGGUCAUUCACAAAGAGCUAAAGCCCUGCCAUGGAUGGGCUUGACUGGCAAGAGGAGGGUUCCCCGGCAUCAUGUGCAGAAGGUUACUAUCCAGUAAGGACAGGGGAGACAUUCAAUGGAAGAUACCAUGUGGUGCAGAACCUGGGAAGUGGCUACUUCUCAACAGUCUGGCUUUGCCAAGAUGUUGGGAAGAAGAGAAGUGUGGCUGUGAAGGUGCCCAGAGGAGGAGAAGAUUUUGUUGAGGCAGCCUUGGAUGAAGUCCUGCUACUUCGCUGUGUGAAUAGCAAGAGGAGAAACAACAGAGCCAGUGACCAUGUCAUCCGCUUCUUGGAUGAUUUCAAAAUGAUUGGAGAGAAUGGUUUCCAUAUCCUUAGUGAAAAUGAGAUCAGGCAGCAUCUCAGUUACUGGAUCCCUAACUUUCCCCUACAUGCCUGCUUAGUGUUUGAGCUGCUGGGACCUUCACUACAGACGCUGCUGAACUGCCAUGGAGCCCGGGGCCUCCCAUUACCCUUUGUGAAAAAAGCUACACAACAAGUACUCCAAGGCUUGCAUUUCUUGCACAAAGAAUGCCGCAUCAUCCAUGCAGACAUCAAGCCAGAGAACAUUCUGCUUUAUGUCACAGAAGAAAGUUUGCAGACUCUUCUAUACAACAUGGGUUCCUUGGAGCAAGGGACGGUCGCAAAGCCAAAAAGACCAGAAGAUGACAUGACUGCUCUUUUGGAUUGUUGCAAUUUAAUGAAAAUGGGAGUGAAGAUUGCAGACCUGGGAAGCGCAUGCUGGACUUACAAGCCUUUUUCCAGAAAGAUUCAGACCCAGCCCUACAGAGCUCUGGAAGUCCUUCUUGGGUUAGACUACAGCACUCCAGCUGAUAUCUGGAGUGCCGCAUGCCUGGCUUUUGAACUGGCAACUGGAGAGCGCCUCUUUGAACCCAAAGCUGGGCAGUACUUCUCCAGAGAUGAAGAUCAUGUGGCUCGAAUCAUUGAACUUCUGGGCAAAGUCCUACCCAAGAUUGCCUCGUUCUGGAAACAGGCAUCAUCUUUCUUCAAGAGACAAGGUGCUCUCCUGCGAAUGUCCUGGAUCUCCUCCUAUGACCUCUAUCAUAUCCUCACUGAUAAAUACAACUGGCCGAAGCAUCAGGCCGCUCCAUUUACCAGUUUUCUUCUAUUGAUGUUGGACUAUGCCCCAGAAAGAAGAGCAUCAGCUGAGAAAUGCCUUCAACAUCCCUGGCUCAGUACCUUAUAACCAGCUUGGUUUCAGUCUCCUAGUCUCCGCCAGUUCUGGGUACUGGUUUCAAAAUGGAACAUAUUUGGGAUAGAAGUUUCUUAGGGCCAAACUAGACCUGACAUUAAUUGCCUGAAUUCAAUUAACAAGCCCUUUUUUGUAUGUGAGUCUUGCAGCUGCAAGAAAACGUGAGCAGGACUCUGUGUGUACUCCAGAUCCUGGAAUCUAGUUGAUGCCAACCUGUAUGGUGUGUAUAAGUACCAUUCAGGACUUAAACGGGUUUCAGGAUUCCAGGUGUAAUUUAGCUCCACAUUGAAAUUAGUUCCUCUUCUUCUGGCCUCAUCCCACUUGUAGCAUUAUGUAUAGAUGAGUUUCAAGCCUUCCAUGGAAG